AUGGGCUGAGCUCAAGCUGGAACAGGUCAAAUUCAUAUGUUAAAAGACGAUAGGCUGAGCUCAAACUGAAGAAAUGCAAAAACUCUUCCUUUCAAGCUUUUCUUGAACGCAGAGAGCAGGAGAUAACGAAUGGCAAUGACCAUGGUGGAUGGUGAUUGCAUAAUCAAGGCCAGAAAUGACAAGAGAGAGUACAGGAGGGUCGUUCUUGAGAACUCUCUGGAGGCUCUUCUCAUCAGCGAUCCUGACACUGAUAAGUGUGCUGCUUCUAUGGAUGUGGGCGUUGGCCACUUCAGCGAUCCUCAGGGCAUUGAGGGUCUCGCACAUUUUCUCGAGCAUAUGCUGUUUUAUGCUAGCGAGAAGUAUCCGGAGGAAGAGAGUUUUGCCAAAUACACAUCUCAGCACGGAGGAGAAACGAAUGCUUUCACUGAUUCUGACAGUACCAACUAUCACUUUGUUGCAAAUGCUGAUUGUUUUGAGGAGGCUUUGGACAGAUUUUCGCAGUUCUUUGUCAAGCCAUUGAUGUCACCCGAUGCUGUUCAGAGGGAGAUACAAGCAGUUGAUUCUGAGUUUCAAAUGAACUUUCUUUCUGAUUCUUGGAGAAUAUCCCAGCUUCAGAGGCAUCUGAGCAUGGAAGGACAUCCAUAUCGUAAAUUUGGUACUGGAAACGGACAAACUUUAGAAGUUCAACCAAAGGCAAAGGGGAUUGACAUAAGACAAGAGCUUAUUAAGUUCUAUGAAGAAAAUUACUCUGCCAAUCUCAUGCGUUUGGUUGUAUAUGGCAAAGGAUCUCUUGAUAAAAUUCAAGAUCUAGUGGUUGAAAAGUUUCAGGCUAUUUGCAACAACAAUCAGAGCUGUUUUCAUAUUUCUGGUCACCCUUGCUUAGGGGAACAUUUACAGGUUCUUGUUAAAGCCGUUCCAGUAUGUGAUGUUCACAUGCUACAAAUUCAGUGGCCAAUGCCUGCCACCAUCCACCACUACAAAGAAGCUCCAUGCAGCUACCUCACCCAUCUUAUAGAGCAUGAGGGAGAAGGUUCUCUAUUUCAUGCCUUGAAAAGAUUAGGAUGGGCCACUGGUUUGUAUGCUUGUGAAAGCUAUGUGGAUUCGAAUUCCUCUUUCUUUGAUGUGGUUAUUGGGAUGACGGAUGCUGGUCACGAGCACAUGCAAGAUAUCGUGGGAUUGCUAUUUAAAUACAUUGACAUCUUACACCAGUCCAGUAUUUGCAAGUGGAUAUAUGACGAGAUUGCAGCUAUUCACGAGAUGAUGUUCCACAAUCAGGAUAAGAACUCUCCAAUGAGUUAUGCGGUCUCUAUAGCAUCAAACAUGAAGCUGUACCCCCCAAAAGACUGGCUAGUGAUGUCAUCCUUGCCUUCUAAAUUUAAUCCAAGCAUCAUCCACGCAGUACUAGAGAAGCUUUCUUCAAGAAACUUCCGAAUUUUUUGGGUGUCGAAGAAAUUUGAAGGGGAAACUAGCAUGAUUGAGCCAUGGUAUGCAACUGCAUAUUGUGUAGAUAAACUAACUGACUCGACAAUCCAGGAAUGGGUGCAGCAUGCUCCAAGUGAAAAUCUUUGUUUGCCUGUGGUUAAUCAGUUUAUUGCCACUGAUUUGUCCCUCAAGGAGACUAAAAAGGUCAUGUUUCCAGUUUUAUUGAGGAAAACGAGCUUUUCGACAUUAUGGUACAAGCCUGAUACGGUGUUCUCUGCUCCGAAGGCUACCGUAAAACUAAAAUUCAACUGCCCUUAUGCGUGCAACUCUCCUGAUGCUGCACUUCUUGCAAGAAUUUUUAAGCAUUUACUAUGCGAUUACUUGAAUGAAUAUGCUUAUUAUGCUGCACUCGCUGGACUGUAUUACGAAAUAGACUCGACAGAUGAUGGAUUUGAGUUGGAUGUGAGUGGCUAUAAUCAUAAGUUGCAGAUACUGCUGGAUACUGUACUGAAAGCAAUGGCAGAUUUUACAGUGAAGCCCGAGAGAUUUUCUGUGAUCAAGGAGAUGUUGACAAAAAGUUAUCAGAAUUUCAAGUUUGAUGAGCCAAGCAAUCAUGCCUCUUAUUAUUGCUCUUUAAUACUGAAUGACCAUUCAUGGCCUUUGGAGGAAAAUCUAGAAAGACUUGAGACUCUUAAGCCUAAAGACCUUUCUCAGUUUACUCCGACAAUGCUCUCAAGAGCAUUCUUAGAGUGUUACACAGCAGGGAAUAUAGAGCGUGAAGAAGCAGAAUCAAUCGUUCAGCAUAUCGAAGAUGUUCUUUUUAAAGGUUCUCAUCCUAUAUGCAAGCCAGUACAGCCCUCCCAGCUCAUGAAAAGCAGACUCAUCACACUUGACGAGGGUGUAAAUUACGUCUACUCAACUGGAGGCCUGAACCCUCAUGAUGAGAAUUCUGCAUUGCUUCACUACAUUCAGAUUCAUCAAGAUGACAUUGCUUUAAACGUGAAACUUCAGCUUUUCACUUUUAUAGCAAGCCAUGAAGCCUUCCACCAACUAAGAACGGUUGAGCAACUUGGUUAUAGCUGUUCGCUCACAAAUAGAUACGACCUCGGUGUGCAUGGCCUGCAGUUCACUGUUCAAUCUGCUGUGAAGUGUCCAAGGUACAUCGACGCAAGAGUCCAGAGCUUUCUUGAGUCUUUCGAAGGUACACUCCUUAAGAUGAGUGAGGAUGAUUUCAAGAGCCACUUAAACGGACUAAUCGAAUCAAAGAUGGAGAAGGACAAGAAUUUGUGGGAAGAAUCUGGGCGUCACUGGGAAGAGAUAACUGAAAGAACUUUCCUAUUUGAUAGAAUCGAAAUUGAGGUCGCGGCAUUAAGGGAGCUGACAAAACAAGAUUUGAUAGCUUUCUUCGAUGAGCACAUAAGAAUUGGGUCACCUAAGAGGAAGGUGCUCAGUGUACGAGUUUACGGGAGCAAGCAUUCUGCAGAUUUGGAAGUGGAUAAAAAUGAAGCGGUUGGGCCAAACACAAUACGAAUAGAUGACAUUUUCAGCUUCAGGGCAUCACAACCUCUUUAUGGCUCGUGUAGAAGAGGGUACGAACGGAUGGAAGUUCACAGCAGUUCUAAAUAAGCUAGAACUGAAGAUCUUGAGAAGUAUACAGAAAACAUCACUCCUGAAACAUUUCUCCAAAGUUCAUACCAUCUUGGUGCACAUGCCCGAGGCACUUUUACCUUGUAGCAUUAAGUGUUUAGUGUGAUAGCAGGAUCCAAAAUCAGGUGGUUUCUUGAGCUCAAUCUUCCUGAGAGUGAGUAAAACUGCUGGUGUUGGAGUGAAGGGGUUUUGCACAUCGGAAUCUAUUCUAUUGGGAGUUUCAUAGCAAAAGAAGCUCAUGAACUUUGAGAAAUCCUUCAAAUUAGAGAAUG